UGCAUCUAUUUUGCUUGACAAAUGCAUCCUAACCAAAAAAUGGUUUCAUGUUUGUGUAACAUUGUCAGUGGAAGUGUGUUUUAGAACACAGCAAUGGCUGUGUGUGUGUGUGCGUGUGUGUGUGUGUGUGUUUGUGUGUGUGUGCGCGCACGCGUGAUCUGCUACUUUCUUUCAUGCCUGUUUGGCUCCGGGGGAGUGGCUAGGUUUGACGUCACCCUCUUACGGAGUGUCACACCACCACAAGCACAAAGUGGCUUCCUCUUUCAACGCAUUCAUACAAAAAGAUAGCAGCAGGAGGAGCAUGCUUUAACCUGAAAUUGAAGAAUUAAGUGGACUGCACAUUUAGUUUAGGUUUUUCCUCUUUGUAGUGAUGGCAUAAAACCUGAUUUUUAUUUAUUUUUUUUUUAGUCAGGCUUUUUUUUUUAAUUUAAAAAAGGAAAUGCCAACUGUCAGUAGGUAUAUGAGUUUCCGUUCAUCAAAAAGAUUUAAAUUUUCCAGCAGCUACCCAGUAGAGAGCGGUGGUGGUGGAGUGCCAGCCAAGUUGAAGAGAAGCAGGAGCACCUUGAGCAAAGAUGGUGUCAUGAAGGUGGAGGCCAGGAAAACGUUGAGCUUGGAGGCUGCACAGCUGGAGAUCCUGGAGCAGCAUAAGACCCUCACCAGACCGUUAUCAAGGUCGCAGACGUUUGACGUUGACUGCAGAAGCUUUGAAAGGACUGAAGGCAGCGGCACACAAAGUAGUUUCAUAAAGCACAAUGCAACAUUCCACAAGUUGUUUCCAGGCAUUCCAGAAAGUGAAGACUUGAUACAUGCAUACAUCUGUGCCCUGCAGAAGGAAGUGCCCUACCAUGGUCGACUGUACAUCACUGACAGCCAUGCCUGUUUCCACUCCUCGGUUCUGCUCAAAGACACUAAGGUGGUCAUCCCUGUUUCCUGCAUCCACAUUGUCAAGAAGCAGAACACUGCUUUACUAGUACCAAAUGCCUUGUCAGUCCGAACCACGGAGGGAGAAAAGUUCCUGUUUGUCUCGCUGCGGAACCGAGAAGCGUGUUAUCAGCUGCUGCGCUCUGUGUGUCCUCAACUUGAGGAUCGCAGCACAAACAGCAGCCCGGUCGUCUCCUCUGGAGAGCACAGCUUCAACAAGAGCAAACUUGUGAACUCUAGCCAGUCCAGUCUGGAUGGCAGCUUUGACCAGUUAGAUGGCUCCGACUCGCCGUCAUUACAGGACAAACCCCUGGACAGCACGCACAAAGAGGCAGUGCCUAAUGGAAAAGGAUCCACUUUCAGCAGCCUGAACGAGCAGCAGAAUGAUUGCUCGUCUUCAGAGGAGGAUCUGUCCUUAUCAGUUUCAGCUGGCUCGUGGGUUUGGAAUGUGACAGAGAAGGCCAAGUCCGUGCUGGUUCAGAGAGAAGCCAGCACCCUCAACACCCUUCUCUUCAUCUACUUGAUACUGGUUAGUCUGCUGCUACUGUCCUCGGGCUACAUCGGGUGGCGUAUUGUGGCCCUGGAGGAACAGCUGACAUCACUUGGUGCACUGCCUGAGUUCACCCUGCAGAGCGGGUACCGCCAAGACACAUAACACUCAGCGACGAAAGGAGAGAGCGGCUGACUCGUGAUUCGGAGGAUCACCGCCAGCGGACGACAUUUCACGUGCUCAGAGCGUGCAGCCGAGGCGCUGUCACGUUGAGAGAGAGAGAGAGAGAGAGAGA